AUGAGUUGCAACGGCUGCCGCGUCCUUCGAAAGGGUUGCAGCGAGUCUUGUAUCCUGCGGCCGUGUCUACAGUGGAUCGAUACACCCGAGGCCCAAGGUCACGCCACUGUCUUUGUAGCCAAAUUCUUCGGUCGUGCCGACCUCAUGUCCUUCAUCUCCAACGUCCCUGAGGCCCAAAGGCCUGCUCUGUUUCAAUCUUUGCUGUUUGAAGCAUGCGGACGCACAGUGAAUCCCGUCAACGGUGCUGUUGGUCUUUUAUGGACCGGAAACUGGCACGUGUGCCAAGCCGCGGUUGAGACGGUGCUCCGUGGCGGCACCGUCAGGCCUGUGCCGGAGCUUCUUGGCCUAGAAGCUCCCACUCCCGACGACGCCUCCGAAGGCGAAGUUACUUGUACUGACAAACGGAGCGUCCGAGAUCCGAACCCGAUUUUCCGGUUGCCGAGUUCGACGUCUGAUAAGGCUGCUUUCGUCGGUAAGCGCAAGCGAUUGGAAGAGCUUGCAAAGCUGCAGACGGCAACCACUGAUCUCAAUCUCCGGUUGAAACCGAGUUUCCUGCAGAACGCGGCGAGCUUCGGUUGCCGGCAGGAAAUUCGAUGGCCGAGAUCGCCGUCGAUUAACUCGGAGGAGUCCGGGACGACGACGGCGUGCUUGGAGAGCGGGAUCGGAGAUCACUAUGCUGCCGACGGAGACCGGAAAGUGCUGAACCUCUUCAUUUGA